AGUAAGGAAGAGAGGCAUUGGACAGUGUAUCCAGAGGAAGUCAUUUAUUUGUUCACUUAUGCUGUGGGCAUAGCACUGCCCAGUUUGUAGCCUACUGGGUCUAGUUUCUUUGGACUGGACACCCUGAGGGCUUCUCAUUCUGGAAGGAGAGGAGCUGGGAGCUGAUAAUCUAUGUCCCUAAUGGAGGCUCCACACCUUCCUGCUACUUCUGUCUCCUGCAGAAACCUAGGAAAGUCUGGUCUUCGUGUGUCCUGUCUUGGCCUAGGUACCUGGGUCACAUUUGGUUCUCAGAUCUCAGAUGAGACAGCAGAGGAUGUGCUGACAGUAGCCUAUGAGCACGGUGUAAACCUGUUUGACACCACUGAAGUGUACGCAGCUGGAAAGGCUGAAAGAACCCUAGGCAACAUCCUCAAGAGCAAAGGUUGGAGGAGAUCAAGCUAUGUCAUCACCACCAAGAUUUUUGGGGGAGGACAGGCAGAAACUGAGCGAGGCUUGAGCCGCAAACACAUCAUCGAGGGCUUGCGAGGAUCUCUGGAACGCCUCCAGCUGGGAUAUGUGGACAUCGUCUUUGCUAAUCGCUCAGACCCCAACAGUCCCAUGGAGGAGAUUGUGCGAGCCAUGACCUAUGUCAUCAACCAGGGCCUGGCCCUAUACUGGGGGACAUCCCGAUGGGGAGCUGCAGAAAUCAUGGAAGCCUACUCUAUGGCCAGACAGUUCAAUCUGAUCCCUCCAGUGUGUGAACAAGCAGAGCACCAUCUGUUUCAGAGAGAGAAGGUGGAGAUGCAGCUACCAGAGCUCUACCACAAGAUUGGUGUUGGCUCAGUUACCUGGUCCCCUCUGGCCUGUGGCCUCAUCACUAGCAAGUAUGAUGGGCGAGUCCCAGAUCCCUGCAGGGCCACCAUCAAGGGCUACCAGUGGCUCAAGGACAAAGGGCAGAGUGAGGAAGGCAAGAAGCAACAAGCCAAAGUCAUGGACCUUCUCCCCAUUGCUCACCAGCUGGGCUGCACUGUGGCACAGCUUGCUAUUGCGUGGUGUCUCCGCAGUGAGGGUGUCAGUUCAGUCUUGCUGGGGGUGUCGAGUGCAGAGCAGCUGAUUGAACAUCUGGGCGCGCUACAGGUGCUGAGCCAGCUGACCCCGCAGACGGUUAUGGAGAUAGACGGGCUUCUGGGGAACAAACCACAUUCCAAGAAAUAGUCCGUCGGGGGGCGCAGCGAGCCAAACCCGGGGCCGCUGCACCCCUGCCCACCCAGAACUGCUUCCCCGCAGCCGAAUCCCUCCUGCUCCAGGUCCCUCCACGCAGCGGCCAGAGCCAGAGAAGCCCCGCCCACUAACGAGUUCCGGCUUCGAAAAUCGACUCGCAUGAACAAAGCCAUAUCCUUCCGCAGUGGAGCUUGAGAGGAAAAGUAGUCCGCUGCUCCCUGCUGCGUUCUCCUAGGCCUUUUUGCUAAUCCCAGGCAUGAGCUACUGAGCCGUCCCCACUGCCAUUUGGUCUCGCUCCCUUCUCUCUUAUCUCAAUAGCUGAGGCCCAUUAAAAAAAGCUAAAUGGAAGACAUAAGAGAGGCAGAGUACCUCAAAUGUGGCCCUUGAAAUGUCAUCAAGGGGUAAUAACCUAAUAAGUGAGUGUGAUUUCAUCUGGGACAAAGGAAAAUGUUGUGCGAUACAAAGGAAGCCAGGCUGGCCCUGGCAGGAAGUAAAUGAUAAUCUUUGGGAAACCAGGACCCUGCCACCCUGCCAGGAAAUGAAGGAGGGCUUAAAACUAGAAUUAAAGUUAAUACGCUGUUUCUGACAAAAGUGGAGGGAAAUUUGAUGGCAGAUGUAUAAGCUUGGCCAAGGUAGCCCUUAGAAAAGAGUUGGGCUGUGCUUUGCAGGAAAUAGUGACAGGCUUUAGGUCACAGCAGAGAUAUGGGGCUGACAUAAAAAGCUCUGGGGAUAGACUUUUGAGCCUUGAGUGGGACUUCCUACCCAGCAGAGGAGGACUGGUCUUUGUUCUGGCAAAAAUCUUAAAGCAAUAAUGAUGGCCCUUGUGUAAGACUUUCCAGGGGAUUGUAAAUAAAAUCUUAAUCCUUCUCA